CAAAUUCCAAACCAAAAAUGUCAUCAAUGAUCAAUAUCAAAACAAAGGUUAUUUCAUAAUUAUGGCUCUUUUUUAUAAAAAAAUAUACAUAUACAAAUAUAUUAUGUGAAGUUAAUAAGGAUUUUCCGAUUAUGUAAGCACCUAUAUCUUAAGAACUAAUUUAUAUCAUACAUGUAUAUAAAUUAAAGUUUUAGAAAAUUAUUUCAUUGGCGUACAUUAAAAAAUACAAUUCCAAGUAUUUUUUUACAUAAGUUGAUAAGAUUAAGUAUAUAAAUAGAUGCGAUAAAUACUUGCGUCAAACUAAAAAGGUAUCGACUUAACUCAUCGCGCAGUAUCAAAGUACAAAUACGACAAAGGUCAUAUGAUCAUGCAGUUAAAAACAAAAAUAUUAAAAACUUUAAUAUUAGGUGCCCCUGCGUCGGGGAAGGGGACGAUAUCGUCUCGAAUAGUAAAGAAAUAUGGAUUUGAACAUGUUUCUAGUGGGGACAAAUUGCGAGACCACAUAGAGAAACAAACUGAACUAGGUAAAGAAGUUAAAGGCUAUUUAAACGACGGUAGACUGGUUCCUGAUGACGUUAUGAUUAAAUUUAUGGUGUCAGAACUGAAGAAAGUGGAAAACCGGUCAUGGCUUUUGGAUGGAUUUCCGAGAACAGUGGCUCAAGCUAAUGCAUUGUGGAAAGUGCAGCCUGUUGACAUAGUACUCAAUCUGGUAGUGCCCUUUGAUGUAAUUAUUGACAGAGUUAAGAGUAGAUGGGUUCAUUUAGCAUCUGGCCGAGUCUACAAUAUUGGAUUUAACACACCUAAAGUAAUGGGUAAAGAUGAUGUUACUGGAGAAGAUUUGAUACAAAGGCCAGAUGACAAACCGGAAGCUGUUAAGAAACGAUUGGAAAUCUAUGAAAGUAUGACAAAGCCUGUGAUAGACUUUUAUAAGUCAAAGGGUAUUAUUAAAGAUUUUGAAGGUAGAACAUCUGAUGAAAUAUGGCCUAUGAUAAUUAAAUAUUUAGAUCCAUUAGUGAAACAGUAACAAGAAAUAAGCUACAAUAUUAUUAUAUAAAUAUUAAAUGAAUUUAAGGUGAAUCCUUUUACAAUAAUUUUUAGAACUUUUACUUUGUUAUAUUUAUGUAUUCAAUCAAUGUCUUCCAAUAAUAUAUCAACAAAUAAUUAUUAUUAGUAGUAUAAAAUAUAUAUGUGUACUUAAUGAUAAAAAUUAGAUCCUAGUCAUUUAUUAGUAACUUUUCCUGUUGUAGCACAAAUAUUAAUUAUUUUAUAUAAAUAUUGUUUAAUACUAUACCGACUAUAAAUUAUGACAGCUUAUAUACAAAUAUUUAUUAUGUAUUAUGACCCUCUGCUUGUGUUCAACCUUUAGUUUCCCUGCUAAACUUUACUGUUAAAAUGGGAACUGUGAAAUAUUAUAUUAAUGAUUUCAAAUCUAAUAUAGUUUGUUAUUUAAUUGUAAGAAAUAAUUAAUAGUAGGUAGUAGAUAUGCAUUACAAUGUACCUAAAAAUGACGAGAAAACAAAGUUGAUAUUAAAAGCUGAUCGUUAUAUUGAAUAGAUCAUUUUGUUGUUUGCAUACCAAUAAAUUGCUUAUUAAUAUAAUUAUUAUUGUAAACGGUAGGUGUUUAUAAAUCCAAAGAUAUACCAAAUUUUGAGAAUUUGCAUCUGUGCCUUAUAGAAAUAAUUUAAUAUUAAUAGAAAACUGUUUGUUAGGAGUAAUAUAAUGGUGGAAAGCUAUCUAAUAUAAUGUAUAUAUUUUCAACCUAUUUAACUGUGCUCAAAAUAUUAUUUAAUUAGAUGUUUUGUUAUAUCAGAGUUACUCUUUUGCAUAAUUAUUAUAUUGUUUCUGUUAUAAUAUUGUUAUUGAAUGAGUUAAUAAAUGUUUGAAAAAAAGUA